AUGGCUUGGCCAACGACGGGGGGUAUACGUCUGGACCAAUCGGCUCCAACAAAUGUCAAAGUUGUUCCGGUGAAGGACGACGAGGAUUACAAGGAAGCCGAUUCCCUAACUGUUGCAGUCAAGAUAAAUGGUACCACCCGAAUCACGCGUCGCUUCGACCCCAAAUGCGGUGUCAACGAAGUGUUCAAGUGGGUGGAAAAGCAUCUAGAAAAUUCUGAAGCUGCUUUCUACACAUUGCUGCAAACCGUACCAAAUAGGCGGUUCGUGAAGUACGCCAACGGGAGCAUCGAGAUCAUAAAGCAAAACGACCCUCCCAUGGAUAUAGGUAACGCAUCUUUAGCCGAAGCUGGCUUCGAAUCGCAUGAGAUGUUCAUGUUCCGCUGUGAUUAG